UGGGAAAUUGACCGUAAAGGUGGUUCCGAUUUGCUACCCUGUCUCCACUCUCUUCCAAACAGUGCGUCCUGCUCACGAAAAGUGGUGAGCUCGACCAGCAAUUUUUGGUCUGGAGAUCAGAAAUCAUUGGAUUUGUAAGUCUUGGAUGUAAUUAUGUUGUUGGUGUAUAGAUGCGCCUUUUUCACUUGUCACGUCCUGAUAUCCUUUUGCUUCUCGAAACUAUCUUUUACCUGCGGUAAAAUGUGUCGUAACAAUCAGAAACCUGCGAGUGUGGUUACCGCGCUGGAACGUGGUUUUGAAGUCAUAAAUCAGAAAGGAAAGCUGUACACGGAGUGUAGGCAAGGGGUGGAUAAUAUCUUUCAAAAGUCUCUCAUACGACCUUGCAAGAUGAAAUAUUUCCUCAGGGUGAUUAACCUGCAGGUCUGUAUACGUAGAUCUGCGAGUCGGAGAUGUCACUCGCUUACUAAUUCGUGCUGAGUCGCCUCGUUCCUUUCGAAUUCGGGACCGUGGUUUCUCUAUGUUCUAUUUCUGGAACAU